CAAGGCCUCAGUGGCUCUUAUUUUGGUAACUAUGGACGGGAAGUGUGCUUCACUUUGCUGACCACGAUCAUGUCAGCAAUCAAGGUUGCCCUGCAGCAGAGCCAGAAGAGGGGCAGGAGGAAAACCUCUGAAGCAAUGUCUGCAGAGGUUUCGCCAGACUCCAAGUGUCCCAUCUGUCUGGACAUGUUCAACAACAUUUCUUACCUGGACCUCUGCCUGCACAAGUUCUGUUUCCGGUGUAUUCACGAGUGGUCCAAGAACAAAGCCGAGUGCCCUCUAUGCAAACAGCCAUUCAAUUCAAUCUAUCACAGCAUAAAAUCAGAGCAGGACUUCAAGAAGUUUGACCUGCGGCCGAUAGAGAAUGGCUCUUUUGGGACUUUUGAGGGAGUGCGGUUUAGAUACCGCACGACUCUUACAGGAGUCCAUCGACAAAUGCAGAGGAGGACCUCUCCUCCUCCAGACAACGGAGUAAUGUUUGAAGCCACAACAAACGCUCCUGAACAGCCACAGGACCGCUACAUCCGGCGUAUGAUGAUGAGGUUGGCAGCCAAGAGAAGAGCUGCGAGCGAAGGGAGGGCAGUGAACAACGUCAGAGAGCAGGAGAUGAUCAACUUCAGGAGGGAGCUGUACCGACGGGGGGUGAGGGUGAGGAAUGUCCGCGAUGGUGGCCGCUCCCGAGACACUUCAGCUGACUUCUUCCGAAGAAAUCCUGCCUGCCUACAUAGACUGAUCCCUUGGCUAAAAAGAGAGCUGGUUGUGCUAUACGGGGCCCAUGGCUCUUUGGUCAACAUAGUUCAGCACAUCAUCAUGUCGCGCAUUACACGCUAUGACAUGGAGGAUGGAGCUAUUCAGGAAGAGCUCAGGCCAUUCCUCCAGGGGCGCACAGAGCACUUUCUCCACGAGUUCAUCAGCUUUGCAAGGUCUCCCUUCAACAUGGAGGCCUACGACCAGCAUGCUGUCUAUGACUGCCCAGCCCCAUCCUCAAAUGAAGACAGCAGCUCCAACUCAUCUGUAAUAGCCAUCUCAGAGGAUGAGGAGGGCUCCAUGGACGCCCCAGGAGACUCCACAUCUACUCUGAGCCAGGCGGUGUGGGACGAUGAGACACCUGGGCCAUCAUAUUCUACGACAGCAGAGCAGAUCAGGUCAGAGUGCCUCUCCGUCCUCGACUCAGACUCAGACAGCAGUUUAGAGGAGGACGCGCAACCGUUUGGAGCUUGUCCACAGCAAAUGAGUCCUCUUAACCAAACAAACGUGACCGAUGGUGGAGUUAACAAAGAAGAGUGUUUGUCCUCUGACAGCGAUGAGUGUGUGAUUGUGGGUUUUGUCAAGCCAACAGCAGACAGAACUCCCGAGCUGGUUAAGCUCUCCUCUGACUCUGAUGAAUCUGACAAUGAAGAUACUAAAGAAGUGCCUCUUCUACCUCAGCACAUCCGCUUCUCCAGUCUCAGUCCUAUAGCGUCACAGAGUAGUGAUCCAAGUGGUGCCGGACAGUCCGAAAAUGUAGAAACAGACCACUAUCAUUCGCAAGAUUCGAAAGAAAGGUGUAGCUCUUCGACAUCAAGCAGACACAAAACGUCCAGUAAGUCAGACAAAAGAUUUGAGAGGCACUGGUCAAAGGAUAGAGACCACAGGAGAAGAAGGAGGUCAAGAAGUGGAGAGCGCAGGUACUCUAGCAAAAGCCCAGUGGCCUCCCACAACAGUGGUGGCGCUCUAUCCAGAGAUAGAGGUUAUUGUUACUCCAGUGGCAGAGACUUGUACUCAAAAGGUGACAAUAACUAUAAAAGGAGGGAUGGUGAUCACAGCUAUCAGUCAUUUAGGAAUUACAGCCAAGAGAGAAACGAUAAUGGGAUCCAUUACACAGAGAGGCGGUCCUACUAUUACAGUAGCCAUAAGUACUCGGAUCAACACUCUCGCUCCAGGAGCCGCAGCAGGGACUCGCGGAGACGAGACAAGAGGCACUCUCGAUCUAGGACUUAUUCCAGCAGUCGCUCCCCCUCCGUGAAAAAAAGAUCUCACCACGACAAGCCUGGCGGAAAGAGGAAAUACAAAACGAGACAUUUGGAGGAGCUGUCGGAAAACGCGCUGCCAAACUCGCAUGCCGAAGGCGAUUCCCCAACAACAAAACACAAGAAAAAGAGCAAAGAGAAGCAUCGUAAAAAAUCCAAAGAGAGGUCAAGAAAGACUAGCAGGAGCGUCAGCGUGGAGCUCGUCAACGAGGACAACUCCAAGGAAAGAAGCAAGCGUCACCACAAGAAAAAGAAGAAACACAAGAAGAAAAGCAAAAGGCACAAGAGCAGCGAACGCAGGGAGAAGGGCUCACCCGCCGUCAUUACCAUUGAUAGUGACAGUGAUUCUGUGGCUACUGACAAUGUCACCCAGGCCAGCGGCACUAAGGACACCCCUAUCGAUAACGCCACAGAUGACCCAGCAGAGCCCGCCCCUCCCUGCUCCGAUGCGUAGUGAUAUGAAAGUUCAGAUUUCUGGAUCCACCCUCAGCUGCUAACGCCUGCCAGCAGUGUUUUAGAUCAAAACUGUAUGACAAAACAAUAUGUCGAAGGUGAUUACACCUUAGACACUGCAAGUGUUUUAUAAUGUGACUUUUUAUUUGACACUGGUUUACAUGACACACACAGAUAUGUGUUGAACUGGAGAUCAUUGGAUAAAUGGCCGUUCUUGACCAUCAAGGUCUAGUAACUCAAACAAUACUAUUUAAUGUGCAAAGUGCCACUAUGAAUAAGGCAGAAUGGACUAAUACUGAGAAUCACAAACGCAUCGAAGUGUCAUUAUUCUGGAAAUUCAUUUUCUGUAAUGUAUUUUAUUUCUAAGGUGCUCUCAGGGAUUUUUGGUUUUUUUUGCUAUAUUCUUGAGACAAAACAAUUUCUACCUGCUCAUGGAGUAGUACUUAUAACGGAUUUCAGAAUGAGCUCUUUUGUAUUGGAUUUUAUUUAAAAAUAAAUCGUAAUGAGCAACUCUG